AUUCAUUCAUCUGUCACUCAGUAUAGCUGAGAACAUUACUUAAAUCGAAAAAAAAAAACAGUGAAAAUAAAAAUACAAACAAAAAUGUUCUCUCUUAAGACAUUUGUGCUAUUAAUUUCAUGUGUCGUCGUUUUGGUUGCAUCCCAACCCAUGAUGAUGUAUGAGGAUGGUUUCGAAAUUCAAGCUGAUGAUGUCUUGGACAAUUUUGAUGGUUUAGAACAUGCUCGUUACGCUCGUUCUCCCCAACAUGGAAGUGUCAGUAUUGACUACACCAAAGAUCAACGUGGACGUGAAGCCUCCGUGCAAUACAAUCACAAUUUAUAUACCAGCAGUGAUGGCCGUGGUUCCAUAGAUGCCUAUGCUCAAGGUAGCCGUAACUUCGAUUACAAUCGCAACAGCUAUGGCGGUGGCAUUCAAGGAAAAUGGAGAUUUUAAGUGAUGAAAUUGAUUUUUAAUUUUUCUUUUUGUCAAAAAUAAAAUAUAUGAAAUAAUUUAUUUAUUCCAAGUAAA